AUGUAUACUCAUCUUUUUUUUUUUUCUUUUCUUUUUUUCAACGACGAUUAAUUAUCCCUGUAUGUAAGUAAAUACAUUAAAAAUAUAUAGGAUUACUUCUCGAUUUAUCCCGGAAUUACAUGGAGUUUGGCAUGAAUGUAAUGCAACAACAUAAAGUCACUCAUUCUUGCAGAACGAUUCGACGUCGAUUGGUCAAUGAAUAUUUACCUAUAUAACGCUGCCAUCGUUUCGUCAUUUUUGCCUUCUAUUGGUUCGUCGUGAUACAAUACAACGACGGUAGCGCCAUCUUAUCAACCAUAAUGUAAAAACAAUAUUCUAACCUCUUGUUUGAAAUUACCUUCUUACUUGUGUCAUAUCUUUUUUUUUUGGAUAUAUUUAGAUAUAUUCUCAUGAUCAAUUUAUAUCAUUCAAAAGGCAUGAUUGUAAUUAUAAAUUUGAAACUUUAAAAAUGGAUAAAGAUAUUAAUACGAAUAGAAAACUUAAUGAGUGGAUAAACUUUCAGAAACAACUUUUAGAAGAGAAAAAUUUUCUCACAGAUGUAUUAUCUAAACUUGACAAACAGAUACACGCACUUCAGGUUGAACAGUUACACUUAUUAAGUGUUAUAAAUACAAAAAGUAAUGCCAGUGAUAUUUGCAAAGAUACAGAUCAAGCUUUAUCCUUGCAACCAACAAAUAGCGAUCAGCCUACAAAACAAAAACCUCUAGAUUUAUCAGUACCUGUUUUAAUGGAUUUUAAAGAAGAAGAAAGUGAAGACGAUAAUUAUGACGAACUGGAUGACGAACUUGAUGAUGUACUAGAUGAUGAAAUGGAUGAACAAUGGAUGUAAUGAACUAAUGUCAUCAAAUCAUUUUGUACAUACAUAGAUUAAAUAAAAUGAACAUACAAAUUUAA